UAAUACUCCAAAGAGAAAAGGCCCCUCCAGAGAGCUCAUAACCCAAUCUCUCAUCUUCCUCGAUUCAAUACUUAUCUCUCCUCCUCUCAAUCAGAAACUUGAUCUACACAAACCGAUUCCACAUGAAACGCAGUGCUUCAAACUCAGUCACAAACAGUGAUGUGAGUAACAAGAAGAUGAAGACCACAGGGGAAGAAGAAGGAUCAGAAAUCGGAUUCGCCAACUUAGACGAGAAUCUAAUCUACGAGGUGUUGAAGCACGUGGACGCGAGGACCUUAGCAGCGUCAUCUUGCGUGAGCAAGAUCUGGCACAGGACGGCACAAGACGAGCGUCUGUGGGAGCUGAUCUGCACGCGUCACUGGGCCAACAUCGGCUGCAGCCAGAACCAGCUCAGGUUCGUCGUCUUGGCGCUCGGCGGCUUCAAACAGCUCCACUCGCUCUACCUCUGGCCUCUCUCGAGUCCGAAUCAGCACGGUAGAUUGGGAAAAGACGAACUGAAACUCUCCCUUUCUCUCCUCUCGAUUCGGUACUACGAGAAGAUGAAUUUCGUUAAGAGACUCCCCUGAGUCCCAAGUAAUUUACUUCGGAUCUAGUUUUCGAGCAUCUUUCUUUAGGUUCUUGUAAUAACUACGCGAGAUGUGUGAUUUGUACUUGUUGUUGUUUAAGCUGGUUCUGAUAUGUUAAAUGGGUGUUUCAUCUUUUCGGUAAAAUACUAUUUGGAAUAUUGUUGUAUUGAUAAAGUUUAUAAAUUAAACCUUGCAAAAUCA